AUGGCUUUCAGACCGCUUGUUGCGCUGGCUACCAUGGCCGUAUCUUUGGUCAGCUGCGCGCCGCUCGCACUCAACGAAAGGCAGGCGCCAGAUGGCGUUCCCGAUUAUGUACUCAAAUAUGCGCCCAUCGUCUACCUUCACUCACAGGAUGCCUACUAUCCCACCGAUAUACAAACAUUCCUGAACCAUACGACUCCGCGAGUGGAGUUCAACGAGGUUUCUGGUCCUUCAAAGCCCCUAACUACUUCCAACCUCGAUCAGAUGGGCAGCGACGUCUGGCUCACAUCCAACGACGACGUGACCAAAGAUCCUACAUGGAUCAAGGGCACAAAACCCAACGCGCAGGGCAAGACCGAAGGAGCCACCACAGCGGCCAUCAUUGUGAACGACAAGGGAAAUGGCAACGUUGACGCUUUCUACAUGUACUUCUACGCCUACAACUACGGCGGCGAGGUACUAGGGUGGAGCAAACUGAACUUUGGCAACCACGUAGGCGACUGGGAACACGUCAUGGUCCGCUUCGCAAACGGUUCUCCCGAGGCAAUCUGGUACUCUCAGCACGCAAACGGGCAAGCCUUCCGCUACGGCACCGUCGAGAAGACCGGCGACAGACCAAUCGCAUACUCCUCUAAAGGCUCGCAUGCCAACUACGCCAUCUCCGGAACCCACGACCACACCAUCCCCAACCUCAAUCUUCCGGGCGGCGUCUUGGAAGACUACACAGACAGAGGUGUGAUGUGGGAUCCUCUCCUAUCGGCCAACUUCUACAAAUUCGACACCGGAAAGUCCGCUUUCUCGGCUUAUGAUGGUCAGGCGCCGACGGCGUGGUUGAACUUCAAGGGCAGAUGGGGCGAUGAGGAGUAUCCCGAGAGUGAUCCGAGACAAGUCAAGCUGUUUGGUCAGGCUAAGUUUUCGGGUGGACCGACUGGACCUGUGGACAAGCAGCUGAACAGGGAGAAGAUCUGUCCGGAUAACGGUCAGCUUUGCAUUCUGAGGAGUAUCCUCGUGCCACGGAGUAAGGCUACGGAUGAGGUUGCGCAGGAUGGGGAUGUUGUUCUGGCAUGA